UCUCUCUUAUAAGUUAUAACCAGAAUAUCCCAAAACAUGAGCUAGGGUUUUGCGAUUUUUACCGGUUCGCACUAUAAAAUCUGCCAAGUCUGGUAGCUUAACCUUCGUCUUCGUCACUUUCCGAUUUCAGAUCUUGUGCGUAAGCUUUGCUUGAAGAAUUUUGCAACUGCAUUUCAUUUCUUCUCAACAUGAGCCGGCCCAUGGAGGAAGAUACUAGUAAGACUGAGGAAGAGGAGUUUAACACCGGUCCGCUGUCUGUACUCAUGAUGAGUGUUAAGAACAACACGCAGGUACUUAUCAAUUGCCGAAACAACAAAAAGCUUCUUGGUCGUGUUAGGGCUUUUGAUAGACACUGCAAUAUGGUUCUUGAAAAUGUACGGGAGAUGUGGACUGAGGUGCCAAAGACUGGUAAAGGUAAGAAGAAGGCUCAGCCAGUCAACAAGGAUAGAUUCAUCAGCAAAAUGUUCCUCCGUGGAGAUUCUGUCAUCAUUGUUCUUAGGAACCCUAAAUAAGCAUAUUAUCACUCAAUCUUUGAAGUCAUUGGCUGAGUAGUUGCUUUUCUUUGAUGUCUUGAAUUUCCCGAUGACAUUCUCAUAGACUAUGCUGCCCUUGAUAUUAUAUGCGUCUUUAGAUGUUGGCGGAUCAUGUAUAUUAUCGUUUUGAUUUGAUGAGUUGCCCAAGAACGAGCCAAAACUGAAAUGAAUACCUUCCAUUUUAUGUACUUAUUUGACAUGUACAACCAAUAGAUGUAUUGAAUAGCUUUUAACCUUAGAUAUUUGAAGUUCCUAUUUCGCUCUA